CUGAAACCCAUAAAAAAAGGGGUAAUUGGUCACUUGGAAUAUCUGAAGGAUAAAAUCUCUCCAAUUUCAAUUUCACCCCACACCUCCAAAACGUCCAUGGACAAAGGAGAUGUUCAUCCCAGGACUCAAUCACCUGCUCUACCCCCCCUUUAAAGUUCUAUCAUGUUCGGAUGUCCAAUACGUUGGAGAAUCCAGCUGCCCUCAAAGGAGUCCAGGGACAGCUCUUCUUUAUGGUGGAGAAGCCAGCUCCCUUGAACAGGGAAAACAAGUUGAAGUAUCAGACAGUACAUGUGUAGUGGAUGCCUCUGUGCCAAGCACUGAAGGGACAAGUGGAGAUACAGGGCAAAUAAGCUGUUUUCAUGCUUCAGAAGAUGUUCGCAGUGGAGUAUCAGAUUUUGAGGGGCAAGGGCCUUUUAGCUUCCAUGAUUUUCAACAUGGUAAUAUAAAUGAGCAGCAAGAAAGGACAGAACCUUGCACAGUCUCUGAGAACUCCAAUCUGAUUGCGGAUAAAACUGAAGGUUCAAUACCAACUAGAAAUUUGGAAGGAGAAUCUCAUCUCCUAAAGGCUGAAUGGGCAGAUCAAGAUGGAACCGUAGCAUUGUGGGUGAAGUGGAGAGGAAAGUGGCAGGCAGGAUUCAGAUGUGCGAGGGCUGAUUGGCCAUUAUCAAAUCUAAAAGCAAAGCCUACACAUGAAAGGAAGGAGUACUCCUUGGUGUUUUUUCCCCUCACUAGGAAUCAUUCCUGGGUAGAUACACUACUUGUCUGUUCCAUCCAGGAGUAUCCAGAGCCAAUUGCUCAUAGGACGCGUCACAUUGGGGUGGAAAUGGUCAAAGAUUUGACCAUCCCACGCCAUUUUAUCAUGCAAAAACUUGCAAUUGACAUGCUGAAUGUUAGUGACCAAUUGCAUACUGAGGCUGUAAUAGAGAGUGCUCGAAAGGUGACAGCCUGGAAGGAAUUUGCUAUGGAGGCCUCCCAAUGCAAAGUUUAUUCAGAUCUUGGAAGGAUGCUUUUGAAGCUUCAGAGUAUGAUAUUGCAACACUUUAUAGAUCCAAGUUGGCUACAACAUUCUUUUGACUCUUGGGCACAUCGUUGUAGGAAUGCACACAGUGCUGAAUCUGUUGAGACACUUAAGGAGGAACUAGUGGACUCUGUAUUGUGGAAGGAUGUGGAAGAGCUUUGGAAUGCACCUGUACAGCCUGAGUUGGGUUCUGAGUGGAAGACUUGGAAGCAGGAAGUUAUGAAGUGGUUCUCAACUUCACACUCCAUAGCCUGUGGGGGAGACACAGAACAGCAAAACAGCGAUGAUUACACAACAGUGGGUCCCCAAAGCAGCAGGAAAAGGCGCAAGCUUGAAGUCCGUCGUGCAGAUAUUCAUGCUUCCCAAGUGCAUGCUGUGGCUUUGCACGGUGUCCACCUUCAGACUAACACCAUUGAGAUUGAUUCUGCAUGUUCCAAAGAAGGGGCAUUUACCGAGGGUACUGUACCAACAGAGCAUCAUGGUAGCAUGGCUGACAGAUGGGAUAAGAUUAUAGUUGAAGCUGGAAAUCCUGAGGUCAUCCGUGUGGCAGAAGUGGAAGAGACAACUUUUGAUGGAGUGAGUGCUAAGAAACUGUUGGAAUCCGGAAAAAAAUUCCACCAGUGCCUGGCUUUUAUUGAAGCUAAGGGAAGGCAGUGUGGUAGGUGGGCAAGCAAUGGUGAGGUUUACUGUUAUGUGCACUUGGCCUCUCAUUCUCUGGGUAAAGCUGCAAAGGAGGAACAUUCCCCUCUUAUUAAUGCACCAAUGUGUGAAGGCACCACUACUCGUGGUACAAAAUGUAAGCAUCGAUCUCAAUAUGGCUCCCCAUUUUGCAAGAAACAUAAACUUCAGAAUAGUCAAUAUUUGAUGAAUAUUGAAAGUCCAACUACAUUGGGGAAUAAGCAGGAGAGUGAGCCCAGGGAGAAGAUUCCUGGGUCAGAAGCUGCUCUUGGCAAAGAAAUAAUUUUAACAUAUCAAAAUAUUAUAAAAAAUAAUGCAGUCUCCGUCGUACAGGGAGAAUCUGUUAGUGGGGAAAACAUCGUAAAUGAGAAAUCUGGGCAUCCCAUUAAAGACUGCAAUGGAACGGAGUUUCUGCAGUGCAUAGGAUCAUACCACACAAAUAGCAAGGAUCCUUGUCUUGAACGCGCAAAGCUGCAUUCAUUGUAUUGUGAAAAGCACAAACCAGGCUUUCUUAAACGUGCAAGGAAUGGUAAGAGCAGGAUGAUAUCAAAGGAAGUGUUUAUUGACCUUCUGCGGAAUUGCAGUUCCCAGGAGCAAAAAUUACAUUUGCAUCAAGCAUGUGAGCUUCUAUAUGGUUACAUCAAGAAGGCCGUAUCCCACCGAAACCCAGUUCCUAAGGAGGCCCAACUGCAGUGUAUGUUAUUUGAAGCUUCUAAAGAUUUACGUGUUAAUGAAUUCCUGAUGAAAUUAGUUUACCGCGAAAAAGAGAAGAUCAGGAAGCUCUGGAGCUUUAAUGUGAAUGAAAAGCUAGUUUCCCCUUCACGUGAAGAACAAAUUGUCCUGAAGCCUGUGGUCCAUGUGAAUGUCCACAGCACUCAGAGGUCUGUCAAGUGCAAAAUCUGUACAGAGGAAUUUUCUGAUGGGGAAGCGCUUGGAGCUCAUUGGAUGGAUGCUCACAAGAAAGAAGCACAAUAUUUGUUCAGUGGGUAUGCCUGUGCAAUCUGCAUGAAUUCAUUUACAAAUAGGAAAGUUCUUGAGACCCAUGUGAGAGUGAAACAUGGGGUGCAAUUCCUAGAGCAGUGUAUACUUUCCCUGUGUAUACCUUGUGGUAGCCAUUUUCUGAACCCCGAACUGUUAUGGUUACAUGUCCUCUCUGUGCAUUCUGUGGAUUUCGGGCUGCCAAGCGUUCCUGAACAUCAAAAUCUAUCUGCAGGUGAAGCUUCUGCCCCAAAGACCAUGCUAGUCAAUGAUCAUGCCAUGGUGAAUAACUCCAAGAUUCAAGGUGGGGCCCGCAAAUUCAUUUGUCGGUUUUGCGGGUUGAAGUUUGAUCUCCUACCUGAUCUAGGACGCCACCAUCAAGCUGCUCAUAUGGAUCCAAGUUCUAUAAGCCAACGUGCAUCCAAGAGAGGGAUCCAUUUUGAAGCUUAUAAACUAAAAUCCGGGAGACUUAGCCGUCCUAGAUUUAAGAAAGGUCUCAGAGCAGCAUCAUAUAGAAUCAGGAACAGGGGAAAUUCGAGUAUGAAGAAACACAUUCAGCCAUCAAGGUCAGUCAGCAACGGGGGAACAACAGUACAGCUUCAGGUAAAUGAGACUGAGGGUCUCGGUAGAUUGGCAGAGCCACAAUGCUCGAUUGUUUCCAAGAUCUUGUUUUCUGAGAUUAAGAAAACAAAGCCCCGGCCACAUAACCCUGAGAUUCUUUCUAUUGCUCGCUCAACUUGCUGCAGGGUAAGUCUCCAAGCCACACUGGAGGAGAAGUAUGGAUUACUACACAAAUGUUUGUAUCUGAAAGCAGCCAAACUCUGCAGUGAGCUUAAUAUUCAAGUUCAGUGGCACCAAGAAGGGUUUAUCUGUCCUAAAGGAUGUAAACCAGUCACAAACUCCCAAUUUUCAUCACCCUUGAUGCCUCUCCCAAGCAGUUUUGUGGAGCCCACGUCUACACGAUCAGUAGGUUCUAUGAACAGUGAGUGGGAAAUGGAUGAGUGCCACUACAUAAUUGAUUCUCGGCAUAUCAAAACAAAAUCCAAGAAAAAUGUGACAGUCUUAUGUGAAGAUGUUAGCUUUGGGAGGGAAUCAGUCCCAAUAGCUUGUGUAGUGGAUGAGGAUCUUAUGGGUUUGGUCCACAGCAUUGCAGAGGAAGGAUCUGAUGGACAAAAUUCUAGGUGUUACAUGCCGUGGGAGAGCUUUAACUAUGUCACUGAGCGGUUGUUUGAUCCAUCUCUUGGUCUUGAUAUGGAGAGUUCACAGCUGGGAUGUGCUUGCCCAAGUUCAACAUGUUAUCCUGAAACAUGUGACCAUGUAUACCUCUUUGACAAUGAUUAUGAAAAUGCGGAGGACAUUUAUAGUAAACCAAUGCAUGGUAGAUUUCCAUACGAUGAAAAAGGCCAGAUCAUUUUGGAGGAGGGUUACCUAGUGUAUGAGUGCAAUUCGAUGUGCAGCUGUGACAAAACUUGUCAGAAUAGGAUUUUGCAAAAUGGGGUUCAGAUGAAAUUGGAGGUUUUCAAGACAAAAAGCAAGGGUUGGGCUGUAAGAGCUGCUGAAGCGAUUUCACGUGGGACAUUUGUGUGUGAGUACAUUGGGGAGGUUUUAAAUGAUCAAGAGGCAAACAGGAGAGGCGAGAGGUACGACACUGAAGGCUGCAGCUAUUUGUAUGAUAUUGACACUCAUAUCAACAACCUGAACGGACUAACCGAAGGUGCUGUCCCUUACGUGAUUGACGCGACCAAAUAUGGGAAUGUUUCACGGUUCAUCAAUCACAGUUGCUCGCCAAACCUCGUGAAUUACCAAGUGCUAGUGGAGAGCAUGGAUUGCCAGCUUGCGCAUAUUGGUCUUUAUGCAAGUCGUGAUAUUGCAGUAGGAGAAGAGCUAGCUUAUGACUAUCGCUACCAGCUACUACCUGGAGAUGGUCGACUGUGCCAUUGUGGUGCUCCCAACUGUCGGGGUCGCUUAUACUGAAAGCUAUGGAUGGUUCACCCAGGAGCAUAUUGGACGUCUAGCUAUUCAAAGACAACAUGAAAUUUGGUACUUCUACCAUCAAAUGAUCAUAUGUUAAGCUACUAAUUAAAUUGGAAAGCUUUUCAUGUUU